AUGUUCGCUGUUAGGUUUUUAUUAAUACGCGCUCUUAAGAGCACUGCUCUUCGAAAUAUUUGCUUCUCAAUCGAUGUGGGUACAGAUAUGCUCGCCGUAGUGCAAUUGGCGUCAACAAAUGAAAAGAAGAAAAAUUUGGAUAAAACUGUAUGCCUAAUCACCGAGGCCGCUGCAGAAGGAGCUAAAAUGGUUUUUUUGCCAGAGUCCGCGGAUUUUAUCGCAACAUCAGGGAAGGAGGUGGUGGACUUGUCUGAAGAUUUCAACGGUCCUUUCUUGACAACGAUUAGUAACCUCGCGAAGCAACUAGACAUUUGGAUCAGUGUUGGGAGCAUGCACAGAAAAGUAGGUGAUCAUCGGCUGUUCAAUACGCAUGUUGUGCUUAACGGCAAGGGUGAGAUUGUGGGAACGUACGAUAAGACUCACCUUUUUUCUAAUGAGCCCAGAAGAAUGUCCUUCCAAGAAUCGCGGUACAUCCAACCAGGUUUUGAGGCUCCUGUUGUUGUUCAUGGAACUCCUGUCGGCGAUCUUGGGUUGGCCAUUUGUUACGAUUUGCGGUUUCCUGAGCUGGCGAGUGCACUUCGUUACAGAGGUGGGGCGAAUGUUUUAGCCUAUCCUUCGGCUUUUACCUCUACCACGGGCAACGCUGGCCACUGGCAUACUCUACUGCGCGCCAGGGCCAUCGAAAAUCAGUGCUAUGUCAUUGCCGCUGCUCAAAGCGCCAUUCAUAAUUCAAAACUCACGACCUAUGGGCACAGCAUGGUUGUCGAUCCGUUCGGCCAAAUAAUUGCCGAGCAGAUGAAGCCUGGUCCUGGCUUGCUUUUCGCCCGACUUUAUCAUCAUUCUCGUGUGAGGGCCGUUUUGCCUGUUGAGUAUAGUCGUCGGCAUGAUCUGUUCCCCCAUUCAAUUUUUAAAUGUUCAGCUAUCGGCACCGACGAAUUUCACUUCGGUCCCUUCGUUGUCAAACCGGGUCAGGUCUUCUACCGGACGCCUGUUUCCAUAGCAUUCGUAAACAUUAGUCCGUUGGUCCCCGGUCAUGUUUUAGUUACGCCCAUUGAAACGAUUGAUAGAUUUACUCUUUUGCCCAUUGGGACAAUUACUGAUAUGUACGUCUGUGUGGAACGCAUUGCAAAUAAACUUUCUGAGCAAUACAAUGCGCAGAGUUUCACAAUCUCUAUUCAGGAUGGAAAGGAUGCCGGUCAGACUGUGCCGCACGUGCAUAUCCAUGUACUCCCAAGGAAGCCAGGCGAUUUCGCUAAAAACGAUGAUAUAUACGAUGCUCUGCAGAAUCAUGACAAGGUGGCAAAUCGAAAGUACCGCAGUUACGAAGAAAUGGCAGAGGAGGCGAAACUUCUCCGGUCGCUCUUUUACGAUGAGGAGGGUCAUCCUUUGAAGAAAGUUUGA